CUGUGGCCUCCAGUUUUGAAAGUGAUCGUCAGAUUAACCAAAACCCGCAAGAUCAGAGUUGUAGGAUGAGUAUUGCUCCAUCAUUAGCUUCUCUGCUGCUUAUUUGCAGUUUGUUGUUCUUAUCUGUCUCUGCUGAUUCCUUCUACCAAAACUUUUACGUGACGUGGGGAGGUGAACGUCCUCAAGUGCUUCAAAAUGGAGACCUUCUUACCCUUUCCCUCGAUAACGCCUCUGGCUCAGGCUUUGAGUCCAUUAACGAGUACCUUUUUGCCAGAAUCGAUAUGCAGAUCAAGCUUGUGCCUGGAAAUUCCGCCGGCACCGUCACUUCAUUCUUUUUGUCAUCCCAAGGGCAAUUGCAUGACGAGAUAGACUUUGAAUUCUUGGGGAACCUAAGUGGCGAUCCAUACAUACUUCAUACUAACGUCUUCUGCCAAGGACAAGGAAACAAAGAACAACAGUUCUAUCUUUGGUUUGAUCCCACCGCCGAUUUUCACAACUACACCAUCCUUUGGAAUCCUCAAGUCAUUCUGUUUUUGGUGGAUGGAAUUCCGAUCAGAGAGUUCAAGAACUUGGAGUCAAAUGGGAUCCCAUACCCAAAAAGCCAAGCGAUGAGAGUGCACUCUAGCCUGUGGAAUGCUGAUGAUUGGGCAACAAGAGGGGGACUUGUGAAGACUGAUUGGAGCCAAGCACCCUUCAUUGCGUCCUACAAGGGAUUCAGAGCCAGUGGGUGUGUUUGGCUCUCUGGGAAUUCUAAUUGCAACAAUGACGUGGACGUCAACACUUGGCUGUGGCAGCAACAACUUGAUUAUGCAGGCCAAGGCCAAAUGCAGUGGGUUCAGACUAAUUACAUGAUUUACAAUUAUUGCACUGACUUUAAACGUUUCCCUCAAGGCCUCCCUCCCGAAUGCUACCUCACCGGCGACGCCUAGAUCUUGAAUAUGUCCCAACCUUGGUUC